UCAGACUGCGGCGUGUUUGCGUGAGCGGACUGUGAGGCUGUUGUUUCCCGCACAGAGGAGAGGAAGCGGCUGUGUGCAGGAUCGUGUGUGCAGCUGUUGGACAAAUUGACAUGAUGAUGGCAUCAGCUGGCUUCCAGUUGAAAGCGUGUGUGAUGGAUCUGUUUUCUUUCUGCACGGUGUUUCUGAAAGGCAGAGCUAACGUUGAAGCUAAUGAAAGCAGCUACCAUGUGACAACAUGAAUCAAGAGAAACUGGCAAAGCUUCAAGCCCAGGUGCGGAUAGGAGGAAAGGGCUCAGCGCGCAGGAAGAAGAAGGUGGUGCACAGAACCGCAACGGCAGACGACAAAAAGCUCCAGAGUUCACUGAAGAAGUUGGUUGUCAACAACAUAGCUGGAAUCGAGGAGGUGAACAUGAUCAAGGACGACGGGACUGUGAUCCACUUUAACAACCCCAAGGUCCAGGCGUCUCUGUCCGCCAACACGUUCGCCAUCACAGGCCACGCUGAGGCCAAGCAGCUCACAGAGAUGCUUCCCAGCAUCCUCAGUCAGCUGGGAGGGGACAGCCUCAGCAGCCUGCGGAAGCUGGCUGAACACUUCCCCCGGCAAGCUCUCGAUGGCAAACCUCCAAAACCAGAAGACAUUGAGGAAGAGGAUGAUGAGGUUCCAGAUCUGGUGGAGAACUUCGACGAAGCUUCAAAGGACGAGGCCAACUAGCGCGGAUGUUGAUGACCUCGUGGACUGGGCUGGACCAAGAAGAAGCAGAAACAUCUCUCUGCAUUUCACAUAUCAUCAACAAUCCCAGAGACUUUUCUACUUUACAGUGUCCCCAGCGAGUCAGGCUGGCGUGUGGAAAACCUGGCUCAAGUCUCACCACCUUAUUGUUAAUCACCGUGAAGAUAACAAGUUAUACGCAGAAGGUCUUAAAACAACUUUGUUUAUGGCAAAAUAAAUGUGACAAACAUUUUCUUUCA